AUGGCGGCCACGAGUGGAGAAGUCGUUUUCAGAGCUGGCCAGAAUGGAGGGAAAAAUAGCAACACAAAGAGCAAGACUGGUGGCAAAAACAGGAAACAAGCAUCAACAAAGAAGAAAGAUAAAAAGAAAGCAACAGAACAGGCACAAAAGUGGCAUGUUGGUGAUAAUUGCAGAGCUGUGUACUCCGAAGAUGAGCUAAUUUAUGAUGCUGUCAUUAUUUCACUGGAUGCGAGUUCUAAUACUUGUGUAGUGAGGUUCUGUGGCUAUGGUAAUAAGGAGGAACAAAACUUAGAUGAUCUUUUAACUCCUUUAUCUAAAAAAGAUGGCAAGUCUCCCAGGCACAAUGGAAACCAGUCAGGUUGGGCAGCAUCUCCAGAACAACAGAGUGGUGAUAAUGAUAUGGACUGGACUUCAGGAGCUCAGUCACCAGUCAGAUGGCAGGUCAGCGACUUGUGCCUUGCCCCCGAACAGCCUAGUCAGCACCUCCAUGAGGCAGUCAUCAACUCAUUUCCGACACCAUACACUUGUAAGGUCACUUUCCUCAGAUCCAGGCAGAGGCAAGAUGUUGAUGUGUCAGCACUAAAGCCUUCACGGUCCUCACGUCAACAUCGACAUCACCCUCACCAUCCUCAUCAUCAUCACCCUUACAGCUCAGAUCAAAGACACCUUGCGCCAGGAUAUCAGUUUCCUAGCUAUCCAUUUCCUUCUAGCUACCAGUCUUCUAUGAAUUUCUUUCCACCCCCACCUCCUCCACCCGUGCCGCCAACACUUCUGCCACAACACUGGCCAAUACCAAACCCAUCUGGAUUUCAACCCCCAGCUACUACAAACACUGUAAGUAAACCAGUUGGUAUAGUUGCAUAUUAACUGUACAUGCACAAGAGACACCAAUUCUUGAAAACAAUGAAUUGGUUAGUCCUAAGACCCUACGGGAUUGGAAGAAGAAGAUACCUACAUGUACUUGUAACAUGUACUUGUAACCGCUGAAUAUCUGCUAAGAUUCGGUCAAGUGACUACAGUAAGUAGGUAGGUUGAAGUCAGUGCCACCCAUUUUCACCCAAGGGCAAUGAGAGGCAAUGCACUACUGAUCUCAGACAUGUGUUGAAAUGGUUUUUUUUUUUCCUCAGGCCAUUGCAUACACCAAUGGUUUCAUUCAGGGAUUCAAAAACAGUGAUCGCAUGGUAACAAAUUUCAUGAUUGUGUGAUGUGAUCUUUCCAACCAUCAGGGAAGGUCCUUCACAGUUUGUUUACAAUUUUGUUGAGUUUCGCACUUUCCAGCAAGAUAAAAUUGAAAAUAUGUUGCAGAGAAGAGUUCCACAGAUUCAAAAUCCAUCACAUGGAUAAGAUUUUCCUCGAACUUGUUACUUUUGAAAAUAUCAUGACAGCUGUGCUGCAAACUGUGGCCAAGAGAUGUUUAUCAUGACAUGAUCACAUUUUUGGAAUCCGCAGCUGAAACUAAUGGUGCGUGCACACAAAUUAGCCUGAAAAAAAAAAAAAAAACCCAGCCAUUUCAACAGACCUCUGGGAACAAUAGUAAAGGGUCGAUUACCUCUAUGAGAUGCACCUGUGGGGUAUUUCAUGGUAGUUGUAUUCAUCAAAACAUAUCUAGUCCAAGAUGGCGAAUACAACUACGAUGUUUCCCUGCAGGCAUGUUUCAUACAGGGAAUGGGCCAUUCCCCCUAUGAGCCUCUCUAUGCAUCUAUGUAUAGUUCUCGUGCGAUUCUAUCCGUGGGUUCAACGAUUGAAUAAAAAUAAGAGAAAACAGAGGGCUGUGAAUAGUCUGUUGUUGUUGUUCGUUGUUCGUAGUCRAAGAUGACCAAAGACAUCUAGUUUGUUAAUAAAUUUCUAUGGUGUGUCCGGAGGUGGCUGAUGAGACCAAUCCGCGCAAGGAAGCCUCUCCCACAGGUAGGGCAGAAGUGGGUAGGGGCUGUGCUAUUAGUGCUAGCGGCUCUUUCCUUGCGUACUGCUCGCUUCUCGUCGGCUUGACGGACCUGCAUUCCUCUGCUGCGUGGGCUCCUUUUGUGAUUCAGACAGUUGGCAUUUUCUUGGUUAUAGUCACUGUGUUAAGAAUUUGUGAUAUAUUGUGUGUCUUUUUGACAUUUUUGUA